AUGGGCAACAGGGGAGCCAGCCUGACCAGCACAGCAGCUGCGUCGCCUGCCUCCACCAGCACCUCCUCACAGGAGGAAGACACGCUGAGCGACUUCCAUGCGCACCAGUCCAAGGCUCCACGCCUCUCCAUCGCCGUCCAGGCCCGGACCCUGGUGGCUAGCAGCACGUGGGGGGUGCUGUCCACCAUCUCCAGCGGCCCCGACAGCGAGGGCUUCCCCUCCGGCAGCGUGGUGGAGUAUGCCGUGGACGACCGCGGGCUGCCCCACUUUGCGCUGAGCACCCUCAGCCCCCACACACGAGACGUCCAGCGCGACGACCGUGUCAGCCUCAUCGUGCCUGUCCAGGGGUCCAAGGGCCUGCCGGACGCGCGGGCGACGUUGACGGGCAGCAUGGAGUGCCUGGCCGGCGGCGAGGCGGCGGCGGCCGAGGCGCUGUACCGUGCGCGCCACCCGGGCAGCUACUGGGUGGGAUUUGGGGACUUUGCCAUGUACCGCAUGGCCAGCUUGCGCGGUGUGCGGCUGGUGGGCGGCUUCGCGCGUGCGGGGCGGGCGGGCGCUGAGGAGUACCUGGCCACAGCACCUGACCCGGUGGCCGCCUUCUCGGCGCCCAUCGCGCGGCACAUGAAUGCCGACCACGGGGAGGCUUGCGUCGCCAUGGUGCGACACUGCGCGCGCCUGCCGGCGCGCGCCGCCCUCCUGCUGGCCGUGGACGAGCUGGGCAUGGACCUGGAGGCGGAGCUGGAGAGCGGGGAGCGGCUGCCGGUGCGGUUGGGCUUCCUGGCGCCCGCCCCAGACCGGAAGGCCGUCAAGGACCGGAUAGUGGAGUUGACGCGGGCCGCGAGCCGGGGUGGUUGA